CAUCAGGUUUGUGCUCGUCUUUUCGAGCUGGAGGUGCAGGCGAGGAACCGGAACACACUUCUGCGUUUUACCACGCGCCGCAUGAAGCAGAACUAGACGCAGGACCAGCACCGUCAGCAGGAGCUUCGUGGUCGUUUUCAGCGGGGCUAACUCAACUGUGGGAGCACCUAACGACAACAGCAAUCAGUCUGUCGCAGGAUAGGACCACGACGAGGAAUGGAGGAUGUACUAAUGGUGAAACAAAAAUUCCUCCAAUUGAACGAGGAGCAACAGCCGCUCCGACGACAGUACCUCAACACGACGACUCAGGUACCGCGAGAGCUGCACAUCUUUACCGAGGAUGCAAGAAUAUAACAUCGCCACCAUUUAUUUCGUCGGGGGGGUCCACCUCUUUGCCGUACAAUAAUCACGCAAAUUCGUCCCCGCCUGGAUUUUCAUCUACCGCUUGUUCAUCUGGACCUCGCAUACCAAAAGAUGCAAAACCAGUUCCGGUGAAACUACUAGCUCUUGAUCAUGAUUAUGCCCUGGAAGACGUGUCGGACACGCCGUUUCCUGCUGUAGCAGAUGAACGCCACCCGAUUCCUCACGAUUGCCCGUCUAGUCAAGAUGUUGCUGCAGGAGCUGCUGCCAAUGCUAAACACCUAGGAGGAGGAGCUGGCGCCGCCUGCUUCUCGCUGCAGGACCAAAUUGUGCGGGGAAAAGAUGCAUCCGAGCCGCGACACAUUAUAAGUCCUCGUCCUGCUGUGCGACCUACGACAAGUGCGACAUCCACUUCAACGCCAUCCACCAACGAACUUCAAUUGCUAGACGUCGACGAAAACAUUUUGGUUCCCAAAAUUGCGCACGACUUUCUACCCCCCGGCGCUGAUGCGAUGCGAUUCUUCAACGAGAUUCU